AUGCGAAGGCUAAUGUGGCGGCUCAUCCUAGCUGCCCUACAGGCUGAAGGACCGAUUGCAGUCAAAUUCGCGCAGUGGGCAUCGACGAGACCGGACAUUCUGCCUCAAAAUGUCUGUGACAAUUUGUCUCCGUUACAGGCAAACGUCAGGCCCCACAGCUUCACUCACACCAAAAGGAUUCUGAUGCAGACCUUCGGACCAGCUUGGGAAACCUCGUUGCAGCUGGAUGCCGAGCCGCUUGGCUCAGGCUGCAUGGCCCAGGUACACCGAGGACGUUUGUUUGGUCCACUUUGCAGUGGUCAGGCUACGAGCAAGCAGGAUGCGAUGGCGCUGCCCCGUGAUGUGGCAGUGAAGGUGCUGCAUCCUGGUGCGCAGGACAAAGUGGAUCUUGAUCUCGAGGUUAUGUGGCUCUUUGUUGGAUGUAUCGAGGCGAUAUGGCCGAGAGCACGCUACCUUGCCCUGUCAGAGGCAGUGAUGCACUUUGAGGCUUUCGUACGACCGCAGGCCCUGCUUGCCUUUGUACGCCUGGAUGUAUGUUGCUCGAGCGAGGCAUGCGUGCUUGUUGGACACUUGAGGUCACUGCAGUGGGGCUUAGCCGAUCAAUUUCAGUCCAAGGGUGGAGACACUCUGUGUGAGGCCGAUAACUUGGAUAUCUUCAAUGACAACUUCCCCUACCGCCGCACCGGUAGAGGGCACCGCGUCGUCUUCCCCGAG